AUGGCCGCGGCGGCGCAGGCGGGACGCGCCGAGGCCAGGCCGGGCAGGGCCGGGCAAGGCCGAGCGGACGCGUCGGCCCCGCCGCCACCGCCGCCCCUCCCGCCGCUUCCCCGUUACUACAACAACCAACGGGCCGCGCACCCUCCCCGCGCCCGCACUGCGCAGGCGCCGGCGGCUCGGCGCAGCGCGCAGUGUCCCGGGGGCUGCCUUGUCCUUGCCCGUGUCCUCGCGUGCGCCCUCGCUGGCCCCGUGCGAGCCGCGCUCCCGCUCCCCAUCCUCCCCACACACACUCCUCUUUCCACAGUGAACGGGCUCCAGGCCCGGACCUUCGGCAUCUGGACGCUGCUGUCGUCGGUGAUUCGCUGCCUCUGCGCCAUCGACAUCCGCAACACGACCCUCUAUUACAUCACCCUCUUCACCUUCUUCAUGGCCCUUGUUCACUUCCUCUCCGAAGUCUUCAUUUACCACACCGCGGCCUUGACCAUUGGAGUCAUGGCACCCCUCAUGGUAGCCAGUUUCUCCAUCCUGGGGAUGCUGAUUGGGCUGCAGUACUUGGAAGUAGAAGCAGUGUCAGAAAACAAGAAGAAGAACUGAAGGUGAAGGCCUGGUGUAGGUCAGUGUCGUCUCCUGUUUCACUGCCAACCUCCCCCUGAAGCGCAGCUGCGGCUUUACCAGGGCUCCUGUCCCACUGGCACAGCACUGUCGGACUCUCUGUCAAUCAUUCGUUCUCAUGUGUUUUUCUCUCAUGCAGACAAUAUUUGAGCUGGCCGCUGUCAAAUGUCAGGUUCUAAAGGAGUUUGUGUCAGAGCCUGCUGGGGCAUUGGGUGAGGUCUCUCCCCUAGGAUAACAGGGCGCCUCGGGCAUGUCCCCCACAGUAAGGACUUCCUUCAUGGGGAUCUGGGGAUGACUGGGGAUCUGACCCAGGAUCCCCUGAAUUCCUGCCAGGAAAAAGAGCGUGUGCUGCCCCUGGCACUGUUGCGUAACUUGCAUGGGGGCCGUUUCUAAUAAAUGACACAAAACUGCAGGUAAAUUAUGGCUGUUUCUUUGCUACACAGCAGUGAGGAAGAGCAUAUAGAAAUUAGGGGGCAGUUCUGCUUCAUAUUGAAGCACAUCAGUGGUCUCUCCUUACAGCAAACCCACCUCUCCCUGACUCCCAGCACCAGGUUUAACUGCUCACAUCACACAGGCAAGUGAAGAGAGGUGUUGUAGAUCCCCAAUUCCCCAGCUUAUUAGCGACAGCAAACCAGAUGCCUCUGUGAGCAAGGACUGAGCUACCUUUGCAGUUGCCUAUGACUACAGACAG